GUACAGAAAUAACCGGCGGAGAGUAGAGGCAUGUUAGCGAAGCAUAUCCUCCCAGCUACUCUGACACAGUGACCAAGUCUUGUCAAGGUGUUUUCACAUGAUGAUGGCGUUCACUUUGUACCCAAGCGAGAUGUCCCAGGUCCCUGGACGGGAUCCAGUGCUCAUAGAGAGCAUCAACAAAAACAUGCGUGUCCCAGAACGCCUGAGCGUUACCCCGGGGCAGCAGUGGCAGGAGGAGGGUGGAGAGGAGGCCAUGAGGAGGCCACAGGAGCCUCCACCUGCUUACACCAUGCACGUCCCUGACAGGCUGACAUAUACAGAAGCCCCUGAUAUGAGCCCCAGACCUCUGUUCACUCAGUCCAAACCAACCAUCUGUGGCCCUCUGGGUGCUGAACCGUGCUGGGAGAGUCCUUCAGGAGAGGUCUUCUUCAGAGACGUGCUGCAGAGUCCCAUACGGAGAUCUUACAGUGACCAAAGCUUUGGCAGAACGCCGCCUGGCACACCGACCCAGCUCAAACAGGCACUGGCACUGCCCAGACACCCGUCCAGCUCUCGAGGUUCAGGCCAUCAACUCCAGCAAUGCUCCACUCCUUCUCCUUCCACGCAGACCACUGACCAUCAGGCCCAGGCUCUCCCUGACACCCCCCCCAGCCUCCUGUCUCCACACUCCAUGCUGCAGACAGCCAAGCAGCUGGGCCUGAAGGCCUCACAGCGCCUACUGCAGACAGUCAGCCAGAAGUACAGAUUUCCCAGCCAAGAGAAGCUGCCACCAGCGAGAGUCGUGACCAAGGUCCCUGCAUCAGCACUUGUGGAGCACAGCAGCAAAAGGGCCAUGGAGAACUGGAGCCCAGAGGAAGAGGGAGGAGCUGCAGUUGAGUUCAUUAUCCUCAGGAGACAGGUGAUGAAGAUGAGUCGCCGGCUGGCGGCACUUGAGAGGCACAACGCUGACAGGAGGAAUACUGAAGUUGUCCUGUUCUCGCUGCUUUUCUCCGCCUGCCUGCUCAACGUCUGGCUGUGGAUCCGCAGAUAACACUCAACUCACUGUCCUACACACCUGUACACUGGUUUGGCUGAUCUUGUGAGGACUUAAUUAAUAGACUGAUUGUCUUUUAAUAGAAUUUUAGCAGCUGUUCAAGGAAUGUUUUAGCAAAGUCAGAUCAGGCUUUUGUGUUAAACUGGUUGACUGUCGCCAUCACCAUGAUAUUUGGCCCAAAUGGCCUCACUUAGUAAACAUAACCUCACUGUAGAUGACAAAAUUGGGUUCUCACAAGAACAGCCAUACAGGUGUACACACACAUAUUUACAUGUAACACUUUGUAAAUGUGGCCUAUGCCUGCCUAUCUUAAAGGGUCACGGGGGGGUGGAGCAAUAGGUGGGUUACACUCGGGACAGGUCGACAGUCAAUCACGGGGCUGACACAUAGGAACAGUCAGUUCACACACACAGAAAACCUUCUGGCUGUGAGGCGACGGGCUAUCCAGUGCACCACUGUGCUGCCCUAAUAUUGAGAUCUUUUAAAAUACAGUGUUGUGUGAAGGUAAUGCUCCCACAACACAGACACUAACCUCAUGUCUGUGUAUCACUCCCACUUGAUGACAGUCAUGUAUUCAGACACAUUGUAGUGACUGUCAGAGCUAAUGACACAUUGAAAUACACUCCUCACACAGAUACACAAUUUGAAAGGUAAAUGUAAUCUUGACUACAGUCUGUUGUUUUUGUUACUGUUGUAUAAACAGUGUGAUGUAGGAGUGAUAACACAGUUUACAGUGUUGAUGUUACUGUUGUCCUCAGUAACAGUCCACACUGAUUUAAUUGUCCAAAUCCAAAAGUACAUGAAAAUCAGUGACUAUUUCAGUACCUGGAGAUAAUGUUUGGAGACUGGUGUGUUUUUCUGUCUGCAGUGCACGUUUGAUUGGUUGAGGUGACGUCUUGUGUGAAGCUUUUGGCCCAAACACUCAAGAUACAGUUUUUAUGCAGUUAGACAUAAUGUUUUCAGGUUGUUUGUCCGUCCCAUUCUCAUGAACAAGAUAUCUCAGGAACGCCUCCAGGGAUAUUGUUCAUAUGUAGCACAAGCGUUCACUUGGACUCAACGAUAAACUGAUUAGAAAUUGGCAAGGAAACUAAAAGAGGGAAGAGUCAUUAGGUCACUCUGUAGGACAUGAAUACAAUGGCACAUCAGUGUCAAUCUCUUUUUCCCCAGACAGCAGGUAGUAUUGUGCAUGUUUUUGAUUAUCAAAGACUAAGCAACCUUAAAGCUGUCAAUGAUAUUUAAUAAUACUCAGUAGGGCAAACAUUGGUCAGCUCUCUCCAUAAUGUUUCCUGCUUUUGUCAACAGGUGGUGUUAUUUGCCAACAGUUUGUACGAACCUUUAUCACAUACCUGUAACAUUACUUUUUUUUGUCAGUGAACAAAGUUAGCAUGUGCACUUUGUGUAGCUAAAUGCAAAAUUUGAAUGUUGUCACCAUGACAUAAUGACCCUUCCUUCUUUUAAAAUGUCUGUGUAAUUUGGUGGUCAAAGGUCACUGUGACUUCAUUGAACACGUUUUUGGCCAUAACUUAAGAAUUCAUUCACUAAUUAUGACAAAACUUCACACAAAUGUCUAACAGGAUAAAAUGAUGAAGUGAUAACAUUUUAUAUCCAAAAGGUCAAAGGUCAACUUCACUGUGACAUCAUAAUGUUCUGCAAAAACACUUUUCUGUCCAAUAGUCAGCGCCAUACCUCAGGACGAGAGGGGGACAUUUGGUCAGAUACUGAAUUUGUGACUCAAAUGUUGGGUGUCCACCUUGAAACUGUUCUGAUUGUAUAGAUUUGGGAAAUACCAAAUGUAUUUUAUGAGUCUGGACAGACAUGGUUGAAACUGCAACUUGACGGGUUGGUGAAGGCAUGCUACCGUGAGGUGGUAAUUUUUGUUCACUUGCUCUUCAGUUUACAAUUAUUCAUCAUGUACAUCACUUGCUAAGUUUGUGUAGUUAUUUUUCUCAAAGCGGUGCCAUUAUUGCUGUUUAUUUAAUAAAAGUAGAUUUUAUAUUUAAAUUGAA